GCAUUCUUGGAUGCGACUCGUACCCAGGCGAGGACGAUGAUCCCCACAGUCGAGGAAAUCGAGGGCUACUUGGAAUCUAUCGAAGAGCUCUUUCUGUCUUCCACGUCGUCUGUUCCUGAUUUCCCCAACGUCCGCGACGCCGUCCACCGCCUUUGGGCCGACAUCUCGCGCUUCGGUCCUCCAGGAUGGUCGUCCUUCCCUGACAUACAUCUGCCUAGUCUGGGAGACUUCGAAAUACCUCCGCGCCCGCCGCCGCCGCCACCACCACCGCCCAAGUCGGCGAUCGAGAAGUCCUUCGACUGGAUAUCCGACCAUCCGAAGACCACCGCUGGAAUCGCUGUCGGUCUCGCGGGCGCCGGGCUAUGGGUAGGUUACGGAUCCUUCGUCGCCCGAACAUACCACAAGAGAGGCAAGAGAGUACAGACAAGAGCCGAUGAAAGGAGGCAGGUAGUUGUCGUACUCGGUGGAGAUACCCCAUUGGGCCUUCCUCUGAUUCUCGAGCUCGAGAAACAAGGAUUUAUUGUUAUUACAAGUGUGUCUACGCAAGAGGGCGUAGACGACAUAGAGCAUAAAUGUCACGGCUUUGUGCGCGCUCUUGUCUUGGACCCAUUAGAGCCCGACACUCUGACGUUUUUCCUGCGUUCAUUGAUGUCCACUCUAUCCCGUCGAUUCCCCAUCACGUUAGCCGGUGACCCCUACGCCUCGCCUCUAACAGGUCCCUACAUCCAUUCGGUAGUCUGCCUUCUAACCCUCCCAUCUCCCAAUUCACAGCCCGUCCCCGCGCCACUGGAACACAUAUCCCUUCGGGAUUCUUACCUGUCGUACCUGACGGCUACCCAUAUUACUCCUCUUCAGGUUAUCCAGGCACUUCUCCCUAUGCUUCGCUCGAAUCCAGCAAGAUCCCGGGAUAGUCUCGCGAAUCAUAAAGAAAGGAAGAGUAUUAUCGUGUGUCUACCCGCCAUGGACGCUCGCGUAGGUCUUCCUUUCGCUAGCGAGCAGGCCAUGAGCGCCGCAGCUACUCUCCGCGGCGUUGAAGUCCUCCGGCGGGAGAUUCGCAUUGCUGCGUUAUCGGACCCGACUGAGUCGAUGAAGAACAUCAAAGUGGUGGCAGUAGACAUCGGCGCUGUGGCUAGCCCCAGGCGGCGCGGUUCCGUCCCCAUGCGUGAUAUUAUUGACUCGAUGGAUGACUGGACACCAUCCGAAAAGCACACUUAUGGAUCCGCCUUCCUAUCUGCUGUGGAAGAAGGCCACUACCGCGGUGUACGUAGGAAGCCUACCGAUGUUGCGCAGUUUGUCGACUCCAUCGUCACCGUGAUCACUGGCGGGCGGAAUUCUGGCACAACAUUCCUCGGGUUCGAGAUCGGUUUGGACAAGAUUAGGAACUGGAUUCGCGGAGAACGGUUUGCUGUAGGCGCUGGGGCUCGCACUUACGCCUUAGCGUCAUACCUCCCCACGUUGAUCCUUGACGGACUACUGAACCUCCCCCACUUCCUCCUGUCGAUACGGAAUGCUCUCGUUCCCGUCCCACCACGAGUCCCAUUGCCCAAUUCUGCUGCGGCAGAGUCUACGAUGCCCCCACCGGUCCCGCCACAGACCGAGGUAAAGGCUGCAAGCGACUACUCUGCCCCAAGCAGUGAAGGAGAGCACCGGGACCGCCGCGAUAACGACAGUGCAUCCGAGGCAGACGUGGAGAGCAACGCCGACACCGGUGGGGUAAGCGAGAGCUGGGUGAAUCUGCAGGACAAGACGUCAGAAUCGCAUGCCAGCAUCGACGCUCCUUGAUUUUUGCGUAUGCGUGUGUAAAGGAUAUCUUGAGGGGUGUACAUGUAUGUAUGAUUGCCGGGUGUUAAUGUGUAGUAAACCAAGUAUCUUCGCUCCAAUGUAGGUUGCAUGUACAGAUAUAGUCGUAGUCGUUGCGGACUGUACUUUGAUAUUCAUCGCUGCUCUGCUUUUAAAUAUAUCCCCCUCCUCAUGC